GCCACAGCAGUAUCAGUCUGACACAUCAAUGGCGGGAAGUGCCUGCUUUGUCCCUCCCCAGCCACUUGUGGUGCCCAGGUAAGGCGGAGGGGGCGGAAAGGGCACGCUGGCUUCCUCCUCCUCUUUCCUGCCUGUGGCAAAACCCGACAGGCGGCUCCCUCUCAUCGGGAAAGGAGAGAAUCGCGGCGCAGCCAGGCAACCUCACGCGGAAGUCCGCACUCCCACAGCCGCGGGGACUCUCUGAAACCAGAGACGACGACACACAGGAGUGGAGAGACCUAAACGAAGCGUCCUGGGGGUCCUUGCGGAUUGUUCCUCUCAUGGUGCGGGAUCGAGCUGAGUUCUAGCAAGGAGAGAUCUUGUCGUGAUCUUGCUGCACGGGGGAAGGGGAGAGAAGCACUUGCUUAUUUCCACCAUGCAGGAUGAAAUUGCGCUGAUGCCUUUAUCUCCCUUUGAAGACCACGAGGCUCUAAGCUCAUUCCCAACCAAAUGGGAUUUUGUCCUAGUUUGUGAUGAUCACAGCUUCAACAGCGAGAAAGAUAAGAAGAAGAAAAGUUUUCUGGACGAACUGUACAGGAAAGGGUUCAUUAUCAAGAUGAUUAAAGAUGAAAAGCUCUUUUAUGGAGUUCAGGCCCCAAGUGUAAUGUUCAGAAAGUACCAGUGGCUUCUGAAGAAUAUUGACACCGAUUCAGAAGUAAUAUCUGGGGUGCAGGAAGAGGACUAUUGGGAAAUGAUGAGUACAACAAGAAUACGUAUUGUCAGCUUUAUCCUGCAGAACAUAAAGAUUCAAAGCACCAAAGAGAACCUUCAUGAUCUGAUAAAGAAGAAAGUCUUUGAAACAGCAUUUCCUUUACAUGAGAGGGAGAAUCUGGGUGCAUUUCUGAAGAUGAAUUGGGCCCGAUGGAGAGACAUCCUCUAUAGACAGCCAAUUGAACAAAUCAGGACAUAUUUUGGAGAAAAAGUUGCCCUUUAUUUUGCCUGGUUGGGCUGGUAUACUUGCAUCUUGUUCGUGGCUGCUGUGCCAGGCAUUAUCCUUGCCAUAUAUGGGUUAAUUAGCUUCAAUUCCAGUCAGAUCAGCAAGGAAAUCUGUGCAGCCAAUACUACUAUGAUGUGUCCACUCUGUGACCAGAAGUGCCCUUUUUGGCCAUUGUCAGAAACUUGCACAUAUGCCCAGGUCACCCACUUGCUUGACAAUGAAGGGACAGUUCUCUUCGCAAUAUUCAUGGCUGUCUGGGCCACUGUAUUCUUGGAGUUGUGGAAGAGGAGGAGAGCUAAAGUUGUCAGUUACUGGAAGUUGUAUCUGUGGGAUGAAGAAGAGGAGGAACUGGCUAUGGAACUCAUCAAUAACCCAGAAACGGCUUCCCCACUGCACCAGCAUUCUUACAUCCGCAGCACUGUUGUACUCAUCUUAGUUGGGCUUAUGAUCUGCGUGAUUAUUGGUAUUGCCCAUGCACUUGUCAUCUAUAGGGUCGUGGUGACAGUCAUCUUUACUCAGUCUGACUCAGAAUUUUUCCGAGAACGAGCCAGUACCAUGGCAGUGAUGACAGGGGCUGUGUUGCAUUAUUUAACUAUCAUCAUAAUGAGCAAGGUGAACAGACAUGUAGCGCUGUACCUCUGCGAUAUGGAGAAGCCAAGAACAUUCACUGAGCGUGAGAAAAACUUCACCAUCAAACUCUUUACCUUCCAGUUCUUCACCCACUUCUCUUCUGUGAUCUACGUUGCUUUCUUCCUUGGGAGGAUUAAUGGUCGUCCAGGGGACUAUGUACGUGUAGGCGGCAAGUGGAGACUGGAAGAAUGCCACCCCAGCGGCUGCCUUGUAGAUCUCUUCAUCCAGAUGGCCGUAAUCAUGACAUUAAAGCAAACACUGAGUAACUUUGUGGAGUUCAUGUUGCCCUGGAUACGCUACAAGUACAAACUGCUGUUCAGAAAUCCCAAAAGCAACAACAGGGUUCAUAUGGAGGAGAGUGCUCGGGACCCAUGCAAGGAGGAAUGGCUGUGGAACUAUAACCUUAAUGAAGUCAAUGUCUUCAGUUUGUUUGAUGAAUUUCUGGAGAUGAUGAUCCAGUACAGCUUCACCACUAUUUUUGUGGCUGCCUUUCCCCUUGCUCCACUCCUGGCCUUUAUCAACAAUCUCAUCGAAAUUCGUCUAGAUGCUAUCAAGAUGGUGAGGCUGCAGAGGCGUAUGGUUCCGAGGACAGCAAAUGAUAUUGGUACCUGGUUGCUGAUUCUGGAGGCAAUUGGUAUUUUAGCUGUCAUUGGCAAUGGUAUGGUAAUUGCCAUCACCUCAGACUUCAUCCCAAUGCAGGUGUACAAAUACACAUCUAGCCCCUGCAUACAGAAGAAUUACACAGGCAAAGAUUGUUUGGCAGGUUACGUCAACUACAGUCUUUCGGUGUUCAACGUCCAGGACUUUGCGAACCAUGAGAAUCUGCCAGAACGUAAAGAUCCCAUGGGGAAUGUGAUAACGCACUGCAGGUACCGAGAUUACAGGAACAGUGAGGACUACAGUCAUACUGUUGAGUUUUGGCAUAUUCUUGCAGCACGCCUUUCCUUCCUUAUCUUGUUUGAACAUGUGGCCCUUUGCAUCAAACUGAUUGCAGCCUGGUUUGUGCCUGAUGUCCCCAGGGGCAUUAAGAACCUGCAUCUACAACAAAAACGUGAAAGGCUGUUGAAAAGACUCAGAAGAAUGGAUGACUCCACAGAAGUAUAGUGAAACAUCAUAUGAGAGUGCUGGGAUCAAGAGAAGAAAUCCUCAAGCCAAGCAUCUAGAAGAAUGGUGCUGUAGGCUUUGAAGAUGUCAGCUGAACUCUGCAGGCGUCGCUUGAUCUUUUCCUUACUGCUCUUGGAUUUUACCUCUUCACUGAAAGGAAACAGUGCCAUUGCUUUGCAUGGUAAGAUUGUUUUGAAUAUUCAAGUGUUCCUAGGAGACUACAGGGUAGGAACAAUGUCGCAUGUCAGAGCAUGAGGCAGAAGUAAGCAGGAGCGUUUGCACUGUCAAUAAAAUAACUCUAUUGCUAUAAAGUUAAAAUAAUCUUGGUUACACCAAAACUUCCAUGCUCUGCUGCCACCACUCAUAACAGAUUUGACACUUAACGCCCAUGAAACUCUCACAGCUGUCUCAGACUCACAGUAUAAACCAACAUGAAAUCUCUUAACUCUCAUGGCUCAUAGGAAUAUAUAUUAAUAUCUUUUCAUUUCCUUCAUUACCUUGAUGGUGCUCUUUGAGUGGAAAGAAAUAUAUUGUUUGUAUAACAUAUAUUUCCUUUGUAUAAUUGAACAGCACAUGUGCAAAGUUAUUUUUAUAGGGGCUUUUUUGUUUGUUUGUUUGCAUCAAAGCCUCCAAACUGCUGUUUAAAGUUCAAGAUAACUGAUAUUUUGAAGAUUCCAUAAUUUCUCUAUCUGCUGACAUCCUUUUAGAGAUUACCCCCUUUAGCUUUUUAAUGGUACACCAUUUGAUAAAAGUUUCUUUUGUGCUGGUUUAUAAAAAGGGACCCAGUUAACUGUCUACCUCAUAAAGCUGAUGGGAAGUUUAAUUCAGUUCUGAAAAGCACUUUAAAGCCUUUACCUAUAUUGUAAACACUCUUGAUUCUAUCAUUCCAUCGAGCCACUAGGAUAGUUGCCCUCACUGAAACUAUGAAUGAAACCCCUCAAAGGUGGCAAUGUUUGUAUUACCUCACUCAACUUUUUUACAUAUAAGUUGGGGUCAGAUGUACCCACAC